CUAACUUUGGCACACAGACCCAUCUAUCCCCAAGAACACAGGGACAGCCAUACACAUCACACCUCUCUGGUCCCACCAGAGCUACCAUCACCAUGUCUCUGGGGUCCCUGGCAUUUGGGGUCCUAGGUGAAGAGGAAGAGCAAGAGGAGGAGACCCUGGACAGCUUGAAGGCACUCACUGCCAAAUUAAAGCUACAGACCAGAAGGCCCUCGUACCUCGAGUGGACAGCCAGAGUCCAGAGCCAAGCCUGGUGCCGUGGCCAUGCCAGGGCUGAAGUGGGGGAGGCAGGUCCUGGAGCCAUCUGUGGUUUUCACACUCUGGAUGAUGCCCUGCAGUGGCUCAGAGAGGAGCUGAGGCAGAUGCAGACCCAGGACCGGGAACUGGCUGGGCAGCUAUUGCGCCUGAGGUCCCGCAUGCACCAGCUAAAGGUGGAGCAGAUCUGCAGGCAGCACCAGGAGCUGCUGGAUGAUGCUGAGCUGGAGGUUGAGGUCAAAGGCCUGGGCUUCGGGGAGGCUGCAGAGCUGCUGAGCCCUGGCUCCCUCCGGCCUACACGACUCCUGGCUCCCCCACUCAGGGACAUCGGUCUCACCCGGAUGAACAUCAGCUCUCGUCGAUUUACCCUCUGCUGAACGGGCAGGCCCUGAUGCAGAAAGUCAAGGCUUCUCUGCUCUCCCACAGGGUUUGUGCCACCCCCAACCUUGGUGCUCUGCUACCCCUGGCCUGAGGGACCGCAGUUCAUUGCCUAGAAGGAGGGAGAGAGCUCUCCAGCCUUUCCAGAGUCAGCUCUCCCCGGCUACUUAGAGGAAGGAGUGCCCCAGCCUUGGGGAGGAACACUCACACUUUCUCAGGCCCUCCAGUAAACACCGCCCCAGCCUGCAAACAGGCCCCAUGGUGUCAUCUCCUGCCGCUACUCUGCUACCUUGUCACUGGGAGACAGAGAGAGGACACCAGAUGUGCAUGUUUCUGAGGGAGGAAAACACGUCUCUGACCCAGAAGCCCCCAACUUUUCUCUCUCAUUUAGCUCCGUGCCUGUUUUUCCUCUUGUAGUCUGGUUUUUGAUUUCUGGUUCUCUCUGUGGGGUUGUCUGUUUCUCUGUCUCAGUCUCUCAGUGUAUUUCUAUCUCUUUACUCUCUCUCCCACUCUCUUCCCUUUCUUCUCUCUCCUCUCUUCG